AGCAGGGUAUUACUGAGAAUUUCUUGUUGCCUUUAAUAUUAUUAAACUGUGUCUAAGUCCCUAAGGUGUCAGAUGGGUCCUUCCCAUGUGUGUUACAAAUAGCAGUGUAUAACUCUGUCUGUCUUUUCCUUCAGACAUCAUACAAAUCCAGUGGGCACAGAGUGGCAAUGGAAGAUGGACCAACCUGAAAUGAUCUUGCAGGAGGCUAUUGAGAACCAUCAGAAUAUGAUCAAGCAGUUCAAAGGCGUCUCAGGAUUACAAGCAGCUCGCUUUGAGGAAGCAAUGACCGCAAAGCAGUGCGCACUGUCACUGGUGGGAGAGCCCAUCAUGUACCCGGAGAUCAACCGGUUUGUGAGGCUCCUGCACCAGCACAGCAUCUCUACCUUCCUGGUUACAAAUGCACAGUUCCCAGAUGAGAUUAGGAACCUUGAGCCAGUGACGCAGCUGUAUGUCAGCGUGGAUGCCAGCACCAAGGAAAGCCUGAAGAGAAUUGAUUGGCCCCUCUUCAGGGAUUUCUGGCAGAGGUUUCUGGACAGUUUAAAGGCCUUGUCUGAAAAGGUACCCAGUAAAGAGUGUGCUCUGAAAUAUUCUUUCUUCUUGGCCGUAUCCACUCAGUACAAACGGAGAAGACUUGAGAGGCUUAAGAUGGACCGUGGAGUGGGUUCUGGGUGUAUUCGGAGCAUAUUUACAUGUUUUAUACAUUGAAGUGUAUAAAGUCCAGCACGUUUGAUCAGUUUUCCAUAUGGGGAGAAAUGUAAUGACAAAAAGAGAGCAGAAUAUGUGUCAAAUGGGACAGUAAACUCUGCUGUGAAUAUAAGAUGCUAUGAGAGAUGAAGAGAUUAUAAAAGAAUAGAACAUUUCCUAAUGGAGCAUUUACACUGCAAGCAGGCUGCUGAAGGAAAACUGGAAAUCCAGGGAAGCUUAGGAAGAGUCAUAAAUUGCCAUGUGACUCUUAGCACUGGUUCUCAAAGGAUGCAGUAGAUA